UUUUUCCCUCUUAACCUGUCAAUAAUCAGCAUAACGCUAAUCGUCCUACAAACUCAACACACAACAGCAAAAAGAUUACCCAACUUCGUGCACGUGUGUAAAAGGAGUGAUCCUCAAUUAGAAAAAUGUUUACUGCAAACUAUCGAAUCCCUAAGACCCGAGUUACCUAAUGGGAUACCCAAAAUGCAAAUCCCGGUCUUGGAACCAAUGGUCAUACCUAUGGUGGCAGUAAAUAGAAAUGAGGAUGCCCUUAAAGUUAAGGCUACUAUUAAAGAUAUACAAGCAUGGGGUGGUUCUAAAUUUGUACUCAACAAUCUCAAGUAAGUAGUUAAAUUUUAAUUUUAUUGAACAGGUUUAUUACCCAUUUAUUCUUUUUAAUUAUAUAUUUUUUAUUUUUAUUACGUCGGAAACGCCAAUAUCAGAAUAUUCAUUAUUCACUAAAUGGCAUAAUAAUAUAAUCUACAUUUUGCUUUUAAAAAUCAAUAGUAUAUUAGUGCAAUUGUAAUAAAAAAACAUAGUUUAACACCUUUAUU